GAGACCUCGCGUGGGCUCACAAGGAGUGUGAAGAGAUGUUCGCUGGUGUUGCGGAUGUUAUUCGCAUGGACUCGCCUGACCGAGUAGACUUCCUCAAGAACUUGCAGGCAGGCGGAAAAUAUGAAGGCGUCGUCGGCAUCUAUAGACACAACAUCUCUGCGGAUCACAUCGGUAUCUUCGAUCAAGAGAUUGUCGAUGCGCUCGCGGAGAGUGGUGUCAAGUGGAUUGCGCACAACGGUGCCGGGUAUGACCAGAUUGAUGUCUUGAGAUGCAAGGAGGAGGGCAUUACCGUCUCCAACACUCCAGGAGCCGUCGACGAUGCCACAGCAACAACAGCUUUGUACCUCAUGAUUUCAGCCCUCCGCCAGUUUUCCAAGGCCGAACGCGACGCCCGCUCGGGGCUUUGGAAGUCGCAGCUGCGCUCAGGAAACGCCCACGACGCGACUGGGCGCACACUCGCGAUCCUUGGACUUGGCGGUAUUGGGCUGCGCCUUGCGGAGCUCGCGCACGCCUUCCCGAUGCGCAUCGUGUAUCACAGCCGCCACAAGGCCGAGCAUGCGCCCGAGUGGUGCGAGUACUUCCCUGCGGAUAGGCUCGACGAGAUGCUCGCCAUCGCGGACGUACUGAGCGUGCAUGUGCCGCUCAGAAAGGAGACGGAGGGCCUCGUCGGCGAGGAGAUGGUCCGGAAGCUCAAGAAGGGCGCGAUCAUCGUGAAUACGGCGCGGGGGAAGGUCAUCGACGAGGCUGCCAUGAUUCGCGCGUUGGAGGAUGGGCAUCUCGGCGCCGUUGGCCUGGACGUCUACCCUGACGAACCCUCAGUGAACCCUCGCCUCUUCGACUUCCCGAACGCGACGCUGCUCCCACACAUGGGAACGGAGACAUGCGAUUCGCAGAAGAAGAUGGAGAUUCGCGCGCUCUCAAACUUACUCGAUUACCUUACAAAAGGCAAGGGAUCCGAUAUCGUCCCCGAAAUGCAGUAACACUGCAUUCGUCUCGGUUUCAGCGGAUUAUAGGAUCCGGGAACGAAAAGUGUACUGUUAGAUAUAUACUGUCAUGCAAGCGAAAUU